AUGGAUCCUGAUGCAAUUUACUCAAACAUCUGUGACUCUCCGCAGAUCAAGACCAAAGCAGUGCAUCACAGCCAUGAGGAUCUACAGCAGAGUGAAAUAAAGGAGCAGCUCAGCAACAUUACUGCCCACAACUCUGAGCUGCAGAGAGAGGUGAAGGAGAAGGAGGAGGCGUUCUCCCGACUGCAGAAACAGGAGGAGAAGGAGGAGGCGUUCUCCCGACUGCAGAGACAGAAGGAGGAGAAGGAGGAGGCGUUCUCCCGACUGCAGAAACAGGAGGAGGAGAAGGAGGAGGCGUUCUCCCGACUGCAGAAACAGAAGGAGGAGUUUUCUCGACUGCAGGCCUCAUAUAGCAAUUUGAGGGCCAGUUACCUGCCUAUUGAGAUGUGCCCCCCCAAUGCCCCUGGCAGAACAGGAAGGGAUGGAGUCGUCUUUACACCAGUGUGGGAGUGGAUUCUUGAAGCAGCAGUGGAUGUGACUCUGGACCCUGAUACGGCACAUCCCAGUCUCAUCCUGUCUGAGGAUGGCAAACAAGUGAGAGAUGGAGACAUACGACAGAAUCUUCCUGACACCCCAAAGAGGUUUGAUCGUGUUGUAAAUGUCCUGGGAAGGGAGGGUUUCUUCUCAGGGAGAUUUUACUAUGAGGUGCGGGUUGGGGAGAAGCCUGACUGGGAUUUAGGAGUGGCCAAAGAGUCCAUCAACAGGAAGGGGAGAAUUACACUGAACCCUGAGAAUGGAUACUGGACCAUAUGGCUGAGGGAUGGGACUGACUACAGUGCAAACUCCUCUCCCGCUGUCUCCCUUCCCCUGAGAGAGAAGCUCAGGACAGUUGGGGUGUAUGUGGAUUAUGAGGGGGGUCAGGUCUCCUUUUACAAUGCGGAGACAAGAUCUCAUAUCUACUCCUUCACUGGUUACACAUUCACUGAGAAACUACUUCCAUUCUUCAGCCCAUGUGUUAAUGAUAAUGGUAAAAACUCAGCUCCACUGAUCAUCCCUCCUGUAAAACGCAUUGGCUGA